CUUGAGUGUAGGGCUGUGGUCCGAUGGGCUGCUAUAUAUGUCCCCUCGAUACCAGUAGCCCACCACAAACAACAACUGACCAAAACCUGAAAGAUCACUGAAGAUUCCAGCAGAAGAUAAUGGUUUCCAAAAUAACGAUUUCGAUGAUGUUGCUAGCUGUAACUAUCGCAGUAACGGAGAUUGAAGCUGACACGCAAUACCGAAAAGUCUGCUACUUCACUAACUGGUCAAGAUGGCGGCAGGGGAUUGGUAAAUUCGGCCCGCAAAACGUGAAUUCAUUUCUCUGUACCCACAUCGUGUUCGCAUUCGGAAACUUCAAUUACAGCGGAACGCUAACGCCCUUUGAAUCGGGAUAUGACGAAUCAGACUACCGUGCUUUGGUUAACAAGAAGCAACAGAACGAAAACUUGAAGCUGUUACUUGCUUUAGGAGGAUGGAAUUUCGGAAGCCAAAAGUUUUCCAACAUGGUCGCUAGCACCACGAUAAGAAGAACUUUCGUCAAUAAUGUUGUCGAGUUUGUGCGAAGGUACGGCUUCGAUGGGCUGGAUAUUGACUGGGAGUACCCUGCGGCACGUGGUGGAACUCCAGCAGAUAAAGAGAAUCUUGUGACACUAUGCCGGGAACUGUUUGAGGCGUUCACGUUUGACGCGGCAGAACGUGGCGUGGAUCGUCUGCUUCUUACCGCCGCUGUUCCCGCCAACCCAGAGACAGCGGCUAACGGUUAUAACGUCCCAUCACUAAGCAGGUAUUUUGACUUUGUCAGCUUGAUGACCUAUGACUUCCAUGGUGGAUGGGAUCGCAAGACAGGAUUUAACAGCCCUCUGUACGGUGCAAUAAACGAUUUUAACCCCAGCUUUAACAUGGACGCAGCUGCAAGAUGGUGGCACCAAGCCGGAAUGCCUAAAAACAAGAUGAACAUCGGAAUGGCCACUUACGGAAGAAGUUUCACCCUGACCAACCCACAUAAUCACGGCGUGGGGGCCACAGCUCGGACUGGACCCGCUGGACCUGUGACCAGGGAACAGGGGUUCUGGUCGUAUUACGAGAUAUGUCUGGAUAUCAAACGAGGUGGUGGCCAUGUCGUGUUCGACGGCGUUCAGAAAGUUCCUUACUACGUCAAGGGAUCUCUGUGGAUCGGCUACGACAACGAACAGAGUCUUCGGAUCAAGGCAGAAUGGUUGAAGUCUAACAACUACGGCGGCGUCAUGUUUUGGGCUCUGGAUCUCGAUGACUUCAACCAAGUCUGCACGCCAGCAUCAAACAGGAAGUAUCCUCUCAUACGGGCUGUUAUCGACGUCCUGGAUGACAACGAGGUGGACGUAGACAGCGGGACGUCAACUCGAGUUUCAACAACGUCGCCGACGACUACAGCAACAACGUCAUUAAGAACAACAUUUACGACAACGGCCAGUCCUAAUAAUCGACCUGGUGCUACAGAGCCUUUCUCGUGUUCCGGAAAGACGACAGGUUUAUACCCAGACCCAGCCGACUGUAACAGAUUCUACUGGUGUGUUGAAUGGGGGAAUUUCUCAAUGACCUGUUCGCCAUCUCAGGUGUGGGAUGCGCGACUCAGAACCUGCAACAACCCCAACGUUGUGGACAUGUCUAACUGUGUUUACAGACAGCAGUAGUUAAAGGCGCAAUGUCGGGAUUCUUUUUAAUACUAGAAAUACAAAAUAGGUACCCCAUACAUGUUUCAAGCAAAGGGCUACUUGACAUAUUUGUACUAGUUGAAAUAAAAUGGUAUACACCUUUUUGCCCAGAUGAAACUAUUUUUUUUUACAACCAACACACUCACAUUUAUCACCAAUCACAGGACUUGUGGUGUUAACUUCUCUAUCAAAAAUCCGGUGCACCUCAAACUUUAACCCAGCCAGAAGUUAUUUGGAUUAGUACCAUCAAGCUUGGUCGAUAGGUUGCUCGUUUGAGGUGCUUAGGUCAAAUUCUCAUCGGUGGACCCAUUUCUUGUUGGGGUUUUUUCUUGUCCGAAACAGUACUUCAUGUCUGGCAUAUCAAAGGCCGUGCUGUCCUGUCUGUG